AUGGAUAUGAAAAACCUGGAAGAUGCAGAGAGGUUAAUGAGGAAAGUGAUUGACUGGCAAAGACAACGGGGAGAAGACGAUGCGAUCAUAUCAGCUUCUCUAAAUAACCUUGCUCUCACAUACCAAAGAAACGGGAAAUACGACGAGGCGAUAAAGACGUAUAAAGAGUCCUUCGAGUUGAUGAAGCGAUACGAUGUCGGAAAUCUAUUGGGAAUGUCUAGCAUUCUCAUCAAUCUUGGUAUAUGGUACAGAGAGAGCGGGAAUCUUAAGAAAAGUUUGAGUUUCAUGGAAGAGGCAGUCACAAUCAGCCGAUCAUGCUACUCAUUUUCUCAUCCCUCAUUGGCACGUGAUAUAUAUCAACUUUCCUCUACGUACGAUUUACUUGACAGAAAAGAUGAAGCUUGGACAUUGGCAAGAGAAGCGUUGGAUAUUGCAAACGUAUCAUUACCGUCAUUACAUCCUCAAUUGGCCGUGCAUAUGAACCAAGUCGGUCGUUGUUGUUUAUCGCGAGGAGACUCCAACGAAGCCAUAGAGUGGUAUAAGAAAUCUCACCAAUUGCUGCAACAACUACCUUCUUCACAUACACGAGACGAUCUCUUUGCAACAACGCUAAAUGGCCUUGCUUUCGCAUACCAAACUGACGGGAAAUACGACAAGGCGAUAAAGACAUAUGAAGAGUCGCUCGCGUUGAAGAUGCGAUGCGAUGACGAAAAUCUAGUGGAAAUGUCUACGAUUCUCAUCAAUCUCGGUAGCUGCUACAGAGAGAGCGGGAAACUUGAGAAAAGUUUGACUUUACUUGAGGAGGCAGUUAAAAUCAGCCGAUCAUACUACUCAUCUUCUCAUUCCUUCUUGGCACUUGCUAUAUAUCACCUUUCCUCUACGUACUAUUUGCUUGACAGAAAAGAUGAAGCUUGCAAAUUGGCAAGAGAAGCGCUGGAUAUUGCAAACGCAUCAUUACCGUCAUCACAUUUUCAAUUGGCCGUGUAUAUGAACCAUUUGGGAGACUGUUGUCGAUCACAAGGAAACUACAAUGAAGCCAUCUCGUGGCAUGAGAUAGCUAGACAAUUGCUGCAACAACAAGAUCAAUCACCUCAACGAAACAAAGGGAUUGCUACAAGUUAGUUAUGAUAUUCUUACUUUGCUCACUAAGCGUUGCCGUCUG